AUGAAAUCCAGUGACACAGUUUAUGCUUCAAAUUUCUUCGGUUUACCUUCUUUGUCAACAAUAAUCCGCACAGAGAAGCCGUCGGUCGGGCGAAGGUGGAGAAGAAGGCUACAGGGAAAGUGGCUGCGUGCGGGGUGCGGCCCAACGGAAGGCGUCGACGAUGAUGACGUUAGGACCGCUUGUGACGGACGGCGAGCAGGGCAAGGUAGGUGGCGGACGGCGAGCAGGGCGAGAGAUGGGGAAGAUGGCUCGAAGCAAGAUCGAGAUUUGGAGAAGAAAACGAUAGCCAUCUUAAAUGUGAGAAGUGGAUGCAAGUGGAAAUCAGAAGUGGCCACAAUACAAGGAUAUGGGAUCAACACUGGAUACCCAAUCACAUUGACAAACCUGUCCCACUUCUGGAGGGCAUUGACAGAAGACUAA